UGAAGCUUUGAAUAUAAUCAUAAUUGCUUAUUAUAGUGUUGUUUCUGCCCUGAAGUUUCAAGUUUAGCUCAUUCAAGGAGUCAAAUAUGUCAGUUAAAUGAGCCAACCUCCAUUGAAGUGUGUCAUCUUUGAACACUUUCAAGAAAUCGUGUUUUUCUUUGAACUCAAGAAACAGAAUUACCUCUUCCUUCAAUUCAUAAAGGCGAGCCAACAUGCUACCCUUAGACUGCCAGCGUACUUUUGUAUGGAACAGAAGAACAUUUGUGAUCAGAAUCGAGAUCCUCGCAAAGUAAAGUAAAAUUCUUAUAGCCGAGUCCAAAGUCUGGCGUAAUCUCUGUAGCAAUAUUUUGGAAGCCAAAGCUUGCCGAUGAAUAACACAAUGUGUACUAACCAUUGCGGGACUCGUUGAGCUUUUUAGCUAAGCUCGAUCGUACAC